AAAUCCGCAGCGUUCGGGGCGGGGCCUCAAGCGCGCUAUCUCCGCCCCCUGGCGGCCAGCUCAGCGGCGGCAGCGGCGGCGGCUCAGAACAGACCCCGCCCGUCGAGGAGGAGGAGGGAGGGUUGCCAGCGUCGACAUGCUGCUGGAGGAGGUCCGCGCAGGCGACAGGCUAAGCGGGGCCGCGGCCCGAGGCGACGUGCAGGAGGUGCGCCGCCUUCUGCACCGUGAGCUGGUGCACCCCGAUGCCCUGAACCGCUUCGGCAAGACGGCGCUGCAGGUCAUGAUGUUUGGAAGCUCCACCAUUGCGCUGGAACUUCUCAAGCAAGGUGCCAGCCCCAAUGUCCAGGACACCUCCGGCACCACUCCAGCCCAUGAUGCGGCGCGCACUGGAUUCCUGGACACCCUGAAGGUUUUGGUAGAGCAUGGUGCUGAUGUCAACGUGCCUGACGGCACCGGGGCACUCCCCAUCCAUCUGGCAGUGCGAGAGGGCCACACCGCUGUGGUCAGCUUCCUGGCUUCUGAGUCUGAUCUCCAUCACAGGGACGCCAGGGGGCUCACGCCCCUGGAGCUGGCACAGGGGAUAGGGGCCCAGGAUCUCAUGGACAUACUGCAGGGGCACUCGGUGGUACCGCUGUGACCCGGGGUGCCCACUGCAGCAACCAGACCCAACAGGGUUCUGUGUCAAAAGAGGAGGAAAGAAACACUUUCUCCCCUCACUCCUUCUGCCCCCUGUCAAAAGGGGAGGGGCACCAGUUUGUGGCUUGUUGGUGUUGAUUUGUGGGGGGUGUGUGUUUGAGGGACAUUUCUCAUUUGUUUUUCUCACCCCUUUUGAUGUGUUGGGCAGAGAAGGGCUCCUGCAGGCAACAGCCGUCUAAACGGUUCAGUUUUCUCUGCGCCUCAGAUUGCUGGGGCUGCAGACGCCCAAGGGCAGAGCGUUUAAAGCCCCAGCCCGAGUGAGGUCAUCGCUUCCAGGGCUCCUGGAACCUGGAGACCUUGGCUAGCUGUACCCAGAGACAGACCUCAAAUGUGCACACUGCUUGAGCAUGGGGGGAGGGGGGAGUGUUUAAAAUCAAUAGAAGGGUAGUAUGAGUUCAUAUUUUGUUGGAAACCUGUUUUUCAGUCUCUUGUACAGCGUUAAAAAAAGAUUCUAUUUAUUAAGCUUUAUGGAAAAAUAUUGUUGUGUGAUAAUUUAAUGUUUUUACCCAUUAAAUUAAGACUUGUGCAUGA